AAAAAUAAAAUAAUUAUAAAUUUAUAAAGAAAAAAAAAUUAAUUAUAAAUAAGUUUUUAAUAAGAAAUAAUUCCUAGAAAUAUAUUCAUUUUUUAUAGAGUGUUCACUUGAAAAUGGCGUUUCUAAAAUUAUGCAUAUUCGCCAUGGUCAUAGGCUGCACAUUGGCCCAGCGUCCCGGCUUCAAGGCAGGCCCCAGCUAUCCCAAGUCACAACGUCAUUUCCCGAAACGUACCACCGACCCACCGGUCCCUCAAGAAGACUAUGUACCCACCGAAGAAUGCCCUGAAUCGGAUGGUUUCUUCCCAGAUUCUGAACAAUGUGAUAAAUACUAUGCUUGUGUAGAUGGUGUGCCCACAGAGAAAUUAUGCGCCGAUGGCAUGGUUUUCAAUGACUACAGCAGCCAUGAAGAGAAAUGUGAUUUGCCCUACAACAUUGAUUGCUCCAAACGUCCGAAAUUGCAGGAACCACAACCCACCCAACAUUGUCCCCGCAAGAAUGGCUAUUUCGGUCAUGAGAAACCUGGCAUUUGUGACAAGUUCUACUACUGUGUUGAUGGCCAAUUCAAUAUGAUCACCUGUCCCGCUGGUUUGGUAUUCAAUCCCAAGACUGGAAUUUGCACCUGGCCCGAUGAGGUUGGUGUCAGCGGUUGCAAAUCGGAAGAUAUCUUUGAAUUUGAGUGCCCAGCUGUCAACGAGACCAUUGCUGUGACCCAUCCCCGCUAUGCCGAUCCAGAUGAUUGCCAGUUCUUCUAUGUCUGUGUAAAUGGUGAUACACCACGUCGCAAUGGUUGCAAGUUGGGUCAGGUGUUCGAUGACACGAAGAAACAUUGUGAAUGGGCUCGUUUGGUGCCUGAGUGUGCCGAUUGGUACAAGGAUCGUUUGACCGAUGCCGAAUUGGAGGAAUUGGAAAAUCCCAAACCCAAGGAAAAGAAGAAGCCCCAACGUACACGUGGCCAAUCGAGACGUAAGCCAGUCCAAGUCGAAGAAGACGAGGAGGAAGAGUAGAAGCAGUACUUUUUAACUUUUGUAAAGACUGCAGCUUUUAAAGAAACGCUUAGCUUUAAGUUUUUAUAAAAAGAGAAAAAAAUAAUUAUUUUUGUAUAAAUUUUUGAAAUGUUUAGAAACAACUAAAUUUUUUUGUGAAUA